AUGCGCUUCUCCACUGCCACUGUCGCGUACCUCACUUCUGCACUCGUGCUUGCGCUCUUCCCCCAAGCAGCCAACGCCGGGAUCACCGCCUUCAGUGGCAGCACCUGCAACGGCGCCGCCGGGCUGAACGUCCCCUGCGACGGCUCGUGCCACCAGUUCGACGACCGCCACUCCUUCCGCGUCGACGGCGGGUCAGGCAACCACUGCGUAACGGCGUUCCAGGAUGCGAACUGCCCCGCGGGCGCCAGGGGCCGGCAGUUCUCGUUCACAAACCAGAACGGCGGGUGCCAGAACGUGAACACGGGCACGAACAUUCGAUCGUUCAUCUGCUCGCCGAACAACAUCUGCUUGGUCUGA